AUGGCGGCUCUUAGACCUCUCAUAAAACCCAAGAUUGUCAAGAAGCGGACGAAGAAGUUCAUCCGCCAUCAGUCAGACCGUUACGUCAAGAUUAAGCCAAACUGGCGCAAGCCUAGAGGUAUUGACAACAGAGCCCGCAGAAGGUUCAAGGGUCAGAUCCUGAUGCCCAACAUCGGUUACGGUAGCAACAAAGAAAACCAAACACAUGCUGCCCCACCGGCUUCAAGAAGUUCCUUGUACACAAUGUAAAGGAACUCGAAGUUCUGAUGAUGAGCAACAAGUCAUUUUGCGCUGAAAUCGCUCACAACGUCUCCUCUAAGAACCGCAAGACUAUUGUGGAAAGAGCAGCCCAGCUCGCCAUCAAAGUGACAAACCCCAACGCCAGACUGCGCAGUGAGGAGAAUGAAUAA